GAGCGAGACUCGAUCAUGGCUGCGGCUCCACUCGGGACAUCCCGCGAGUCUGUCACACGGCACCAGCAGGACACGAGGCUCCCACGAGCCCCGGGACUGCUGGUGCCGCCGGGGCUGAUACUGCUCUCGUCUGUCGCGACAGCGCCGGGGGCGACCGCGACACUGACGGUGCGCUCCGCUGGGCGCUGGGCUGCGCUCCCUGCGCGCUCCCGCCGCUCCCUGCGCGCUCCCGCCGCUCGGCGCUCCCUGCGCGCUCCCGCCCGCCGCGGCCGCGGUCACUUCCGGCGCCGGUUCCGGUUCCGGUUCCGGUUGCCGUGUGGGGAGCCCCGGGCCGCCAUGGCGGCCACGGCCGGGAGCCGCACGCAGAAGAUCGGCAGCGUGUUCAGCCGGACGCGGAGCCUGGUGCGCAUCGGGCUGCUGCGGAAGCCGCUGUGGCUGGACGUGUACGCGGCCUUCCCGCCGCUGCGGGAGCCGCUGUACCGAGUGCCGCGCCCGCGCCGCGGCCCGGACCCCAUCGCGCCCGUCUUCUACCGGGAGGACACCGUGCGAGCGAGGUUUUACCAAGUUUAUGGCAAUGGCCCCAAACCUUUUGACCUGACACAGUUAAACUUCAAAUCUACUUGCCAGAGGUUUGUUGAGAAAUACAAUGAGCUGAAGGAAGAAGGGAAAAUUGAAGAGGAGAAGUUGUUUGAAGAAACAGGAAAAGCUCUUUUAGCCAGUGGGAUCCUUUUACAGAGAAGAGGAGUAGAUAAAGUGGCCCAGCAGGAGCAGCAGAGUGCUGGAUCCAGGGAUCCUGCCUUGCAGCUGCAGCUGCAGAGUGUGCUGGAGGAGCUGCAGGAGAAGAGGAAGGACAGGCAGGAGCAGCCACCAGAGCUGGCAGGGCCACAGAAGGAGAAUCCCCAUCCCUCCUGACAGCCCUGCUGAGCUGUGUCACCUCCAGCCUUUUGGGACAUUUCAUCCUGGUGCCCUCCAUGUGACACAUGCUCCUCUCUGUCCAGCUCCACACUGAUAAAGACACAGAUAACUUUAUUUUUUUUUUAGGGUUCAUGACUGUUUUCUGAAAUCAAGUUGGAAAAUACUGAGUGUAAAAGUGGAAAAUUAAAACAUUUUCUUUAAAAACUGGAA